AUUGUUUAAAGAAAAAAAAAGAAAAAUAUGUAUUUAAAAAUGAAUAUUUCAUAGAAAAUACAAAAGAAAAAUCAAUUGGGGUAAGAAACGAAAUUAGUAAUAAUUUCAAAGACUCAAAUGGAUUUGAAUUUAGAGACUUAUUUCCUAUUGGAAUAAAUUGUUUUAAUUUUCAUCAUUCAUCUUUUUGGCUGAUCAAAUAAAUAAAAUACAUAGAUACAUAUAAGAAGCAAAAAUUUAUAAAGAAGAUAAUUUCUAUUUAGAAUUUUAUCUUAAGACAACAAACAAAAGUGAUAUACUACUUAAUACAGCACACUAAAUGGAAGAAAUAUAUAAAUAAGAUAAUACCAGCAUCAUCUACUCUCAUUCUGGCAAUGAAUCUGUAACAUUUAAAAACGUAAAACAAAAUUUAACGACGAUAUACAUAUAUAAUUAAAAAAAAAUAUUUUAAUCAAGAGACUGAAUUUUUGAACAACUUGAACAAAAUAGUUACAAAUAAAUUUUUACCAAAGAAACCUCAAAAUUUUGUACAAAAUUAAAUUUAUUUAAGGCAAACAAACUCGAUUAAAUACGAUACACAAAAAAAUGGAAUGCGAAGCAGUUAAAGUGUAUUUUGUACGACAUGGUGAAAGCGAAUGGAAUAAAAUGAAUUUAUUCUGUGGAUGGGUGGAUGUUGACUUAAGUGAAAAAGGUCUUCAAGAUGCGACAUCUGUUUCAUCAGAAGCUUUAAUUACUGAAAAAGUUAAGUUUGAUAUGGCAUUUACAUCAGCUUUAAAACGAGCAGAUCAAACUCUAAGAAUUAUUUUAAAAAAUUUACAUUUAGACAAUAUUCCUGUUUAUUCAGCUUGGCAAUUAAAUGAACGUCAUUAUGGAAAUUUAACCGGAUUUAAUAAAAGGCAAACAGCUGAUUUAUAUGGAGAAGAGAAGGUUCAAAUAUGGCGCCGUAGCUAUGAUGUUAUUCCACCGCCAAUAACACCGAAGAAUCCAUAUUAUGAAGUUAUACGCGCGAAUCCAAAAUUUAAAUGUAUACCAGAAAAUGAAUUUCCUGAUUGUGAAUCAUUAGAAACAACAUUAAAGCGAGUAGUUCCAUUUUGGGAGAAUGUUAUUGUGCCAGAAAUAAAGAAAAGGAAAAAUAUUUUGAUAGUUCUUCAUGGUACAAGUUUACGGGCAAUCAUAAAGCAUAUUGAAAAUCUUAAUGAAGAUAAUAUUAUUAAAUUUAAUGUACCAAAUAGCAUCCCAUUUUUUUAUGAAUUUGAUGUUAAUACAGUGAAAAUUAUCAAUAAAAUAAAAUUUUUAGCUGAUGAACAAGUCGUUGCUAACGAAAUGGCAAAAGUUGCUUCUAUUGGAAAAAGUAACUGAAAAAUGUAGAAUUAAUUUUAAAAUCUAUCAAGUUAUUUUUUGUUUUUUUUUCCUGAAGUACAUAAUGUACAUUCAUUGAUGUUUGUUAUUUCUUACUCAAAAAAUCAGUGUUGGUUUCUUAUUUAUUGUCGUACGAUUUACAUUGAAUAUAAGUUUUUACUAAUAUAUAUUACACAAAAUAUGUACAUAUAUUUUUAUAUAUUCAAAAAUAUAUUUUAAUUCAGGCUAUAUUUAUUUAUUUAAGUGAAAUAUUAAUGUAAAAUUGAAUUUUAAGUUUUUUGUUUUUUUUUUCUUUUGUUCCUAAUGUUAAUUGUAUUAGCUUUAUUUUUGUAACUAUGUAUAUAUUAUUAAUAAAAACAGGAAAGCUUGAAUAUUGAAAAACAAUUUUAUAUAAAAUUCAUUACAAAUUAUUAAACCUCCUAAUUUUUAGAAGGUGCUAACCGCUUUUGAAUUUUGCAUAAUAAAGUUAAGGAAAUACCUUAACACAUUGACUCUAAAUCAUUUUUGCUUGUGCUUACCAAGAAGCUCACAAAAUUUUUUGGGUAAUAUUUAUCUAUGUAUGUAUAUAUUUAAAAAUACGUGUAGGUUUCUAGAUACUUCGCAUUGCGACUUUGGCAAUUAAAAACAUCCCUUAAAUUUCGUGUUUUUGGUGCUUGGACCUCGUUUCUCUUAUUGCUUUUUCCUGAAAAUUUUAUAAGAGUUACGGCGAAAUUAAUUAAUAAAGC